AUUGGUCGUAUUCGCCGACGAAAUCGAUAUAGACCACGCCCACCGGGAAUCACGUUUAUAUAUCGAGGGUCACCUUGGUUCGUCCUUGUCGGCAGAAGUCAGGAAGAGGAGAACGAGUUAUCUUUUAAUUUUAAAGUUUAAAAAAAACCACUUCAAAUAAAUCAAAAUGGCUGGAUAUUUCCAAUACCCUCCUAAAGAACUGCAAGAUGAAUUGAAGAAGAUUGCCAACAACAUUGUUGCACCUGGAAAGGGUAUUUUAGCAGCUGAUGAAAGUACUGCAACCAUGGGUAAGCGUUUGCAAGGAAUUGGCGUAGACAACACAGAGGACAACAGGCGUGCUUACCGUCAGCUGUUAUUUACCUCUGACAAGGCAGCAAUGACCGAAGCCAUAAGCGGCGUGAUCUUAUUUCAUGAAACCCUUUUCCAGAAUGCCGACGACGGAACACCAUUUGUUAAAAUUUUGGAGGAUCGUGGUAUUAUUCCAGGAAUUAAAGUCGACAAAGGUGUUGUACCAUUGAUGGGAACAACAGAAGAAUGCACCACCCAAGGAUUGGAUGAUUUGGCUACAAGAUGCCAAGAAUACAAAGCUAAAGGUUGCCACUUUGCUAAAUGGAGAUGUGUAUUGAAGAUUAGAGACCGCGAACCUUCUGCUCUCUCUAUCUUAGAAAACGCUAAUGUUUUGGCUCGCUAUGCAUCCAUUUGCCAAAUGAAUAGAAUCGUUCCUAUUGUCGAGCCCGANCUGCAAUUUUAA